AUGGGUGUCUUCGAUAACUUCAGGCCCAACGAGAAGACCGCCGACAUCGAGGUCUACACUGAUAACGCUGAUGUCGCGCAUGGCGUUGUCUCCGAGAACAAGGACGACCUCCAGAGAAGACUCGGAAAUAGGCAGAUCCAACUGCUGGCUAUUGGAGGUUCCAUUGGUACUGCGCUCUUCGUCAGUAUCGGAAGCGGUCUCCACCAUGCUGGCCCAGCUGGUCUUUUCCUCGCAUAUACCAUCUACAGCUGCAUGCUUGCCUUAGUCAACAAUUGCAUUGCUGAAAUGACAACUAUGAUGCCCGUCUCUGGAGGGUUUAUCCGUCUUGCUGGCGAAUGGGUCGACGAUGCGUUCGGUUUCAUGGCUGGAUGGUGAGUGGGUGGCGCAGCUCAGCACAGGGAAUACCGUAGCUAACCUCAUUCUCCUAGGAACUUCUUCCUCUACGAAGCUCUCCUCAUUCCAUUCGAAAUCACAGCCUUGUGUGAAGUCCUGAAGUUCUGGAGAGACGACAUCCCAUACGCAGCCGUCAUCGCUGUCGCCAUUGUCCUCUACGCGUGAGCCUCCCCGUGCGACUUUCCUUGACUCCAGAACACCACUGCCCAGAAGCAACUCCCCAGACACAGCCGAGUCCACCGCGUACAUCCUCCUUGAAAAUGAGCAGUAUAUGUCGUUUUGGGGUUGAAGCUGACCGAAAAAUAGGUUGCUCAAUGUUCUCGCUGUCAAGGCGUACGGUGAGGCCGAGUUUUGGCUAAGUGGCGGAAAGGUGCUCCUCAUAUUUUUGCUGUUCACCUUCACCUUUGUCACCAUGUGCGGUGGAAACCCGAAGCACGAUGCGUAAGUACUUCUCAUCACUGAAUUUUGACCGCGCCCCUUGCUGACUUGUGACUGCAGUUACGGCUUCCGCUACUGGAACAACCCAGGCGCUUUCGCCGAAUACUUGAGCACUGGUUCUCUCGGAAAGUUCGAGGGUUUCCUGGCCGGGCUUUGGUCUGCCUCGUUCACCGUCGUCGGUCCUGAGUACAUCUCCAUGGUCGCUGCCGAGGCGAAGCGCCCACGUAUCUACAUCAAGAACGCCUUCAAGACGGUUUACUGGAGAUUCGGUAUCUUCUUUAUCAUUGGUUCGCUCGCAGUCGGAGUACUCAUUCCAUACAACGACAAGACCUUGACCGCCAUCCUCUCCGGUGAUGCAAGCGGCUCAGGAACUGCUGCUGCCUCUCCAUAUGUUAUUGCUAUGCAGAACUUGGGAGUCAACGGCCUGCCACACUUUGUCAACGCACUACUGGUUACAUCCAUCUUCUCCGCUGGCAAUACAUACACUUACUGUGCUACUCGUUCGCUUUACGGUCUGGCUUUGGAGGGUCGUGCACCAAAGUUCCUGCGAUACUGCACCAGGCAGGGUGUUCCGCUCGCCUGCUUCUGCAUCGUUAUGUGCUUCCCGUGCUUGGCGUUCCUCCAGCUUGGAAGCGGCUCCGCUCAGGUUCUUACCUGGUUGAUCAACCUGGUCACCGCCGGUGGAAUUAUCAACUACAUCGUCAUGACCACCACCUACAUAUUUUUCUAUAGAGCCUGCAAGGCUCAGGGUCUCGACCGCAAGACUCUUCCAUACACCGGAUGGUUCCAGCCAUACUCCGCUUACAUUGGUCUGGUGUGGAUGAUUGUUAUCGUCUUCUGCUACGGCUACUCCUCAUUCAAGCCGUGGUCCGUCGACGAUUUCUUCACCUACUACACCAUGCUGAUCCUUGCCCCGAUCCUUUUCUUGGGUUGGAAGCUGAUCAUGCGCACCAAGCUCGUCAAGCCGACCGAGGCCGACCUUGUUUGGGAGCGACCUGUUGUGGACACCUACGAGGAGUCCUUCAUCGACCCACCAGUUGGCUUCUGGAAGGAAAUGUUGCAGCUUGUAGGCAUUGGUCGCAAGAAGGGUGGUAAUGACAAGAGGAUGAACAGUGUAUCUGCAUAG